CUUACUCAUGGUUGACUUGGCUAUCUCCCGUAGCUCUCUCUCAGCGUUCGCAGACGCGAAGAUGGCCAGUCCGGCAAGCAGUGCCACUCUCAUAGGCCGGCGGACCUCCACGUCGAGCAGUUUCGCCGGAUCCCCUAUGCAGGCCUCCUCAAGUUCUUCCCCGCAGGCCUCCUCGAGCGUUUCCCCGCAAGCCCCCAACGCCGGCAACUCGUCGUCUCCCAGCUCCGGAGAAGCCGGACCCAGCCGGCAGACUUCCUCUGCAAAUGCCCCCAACCAACCUCGACGUCGCAUUCGCCCCAAGAUUGCGCUUGCCCCCAACCAACCUCUGACUGCUCAAGGCAAACCGCGUGCGCGCGUGUAUGUCGCUUGCAACCAAUGUCGCACUCGCAAAACGCGCUGCGAUGGCGCGAAGCCGAUUUGCUUUCACUGCCAGAAGCGCCCUCCCGAGAACGGGGAGCAAUGCAACUAUGAACCGCAGCCUAAACGUCGUGGGCAAGACAAGGCACCGGGGCAUCGUGCGCAGAAGGUCUCCAAGCGCAGGCGAACCUCUGCAGGCGAGUCCGGUCAUAGUGGCUCGGACAGUUCACGCAGCUCCCAAUCCGCGCACGAGCACCGAACCCAAUCCCCGCAACACUGUGACCUCGGCGAUCACUUCGAUGAGGAGGAAUCGUCCGAUGAUUCUAUUUCUGAUUACUAUGACCCAUUCGCGACCGUCGACCUCGAUAUCGACGCCGUGAUAGCUUUCCCCGGCGCCCGUACACAGACCGACGAAGAGGAACGCAACGACGAAGCCGACUCCAUUCCUGCGCGUCCCAGUCUCCAAUUCACGCGGGAGACGUGGUGGGACGCACUCCUCACAUUUUACUCGGACGAAACUGGGGCCAACGAGGCCAUGGCACUUACUACUGAGCAGCGCGGCACCGCUAUGCGAAGCAUCGUGGCGGACCUCCGCGCACUCUUCCACUCGUCGCUCUACUGGGCCAGCUUCAUCCACCUCCCACGCUUCUUUGAUGCAGUCCUCAACCCAUCUCGUCGCGCCACGAUGCAGCCGGGCCUAGUGCUCAGCGCUCUAGCUGCAGGGAUACUCGCACAGAGUUCCGAGGCGGAGAGAGGUGCGCCGGGGCGCGAGCGCGCGGUGAGGCUGCUCGGGCUCGCCGAUGGCGCCGUGCAAGCGAGCCUUGCAACUGGCUGGGUCGACAUAGGCCUCAUUCAGGCCACCUGGCUAAUUGCGUACUUUGAGAUGCAGUCGCAUCCGCUGCACUCUGAGGAACGUGGUCGUUCAUCGCUCCUCCUCCUGGACUCCCUCUUCCGUGUGUUCAACAUGACGACUCUCGACGCCGAUCUCGUUCAAGCACACGCAGCCGAACGAGCACGAGGCGUGUCCGCCAUGAACGGCUUCGCCAGUGUGCCCCCCGGCCCGUCCGUGGACAACGCAUUUACUCCCCGAGAGGCUUUCUCGCCCUUCUCCGGACUGGGGACCUCCCCAGCACCAAAUUCGGCGUUUCUCCCAGCGCCGGAUCCCCUGAACGAGCCGAUUACGCCCGACCACAUUAACCUCGGCCCAUCGACUGCGCCCUCUUCGGGCUCAUGCAACUGCGCGAAACUGACGAUCAGCCACCACUGGCCGUCAGUGGAGGGCAUGGCGCCGGGGUGGAUAGGCACGAUGAUGUGGCCGACGGGGUUGUCAGAGGGCGAGUUUCGCAAGGAGGAGUGCCGUCGGCUGGUCUGGUCCAGCGUGAUGCUCACCGCGAGCCUCAACUCGUAUAGCUUUGUUCUGGACGACUUCGACAGGACCAAGCUCUGCAUCCAUGAGCCUCGUAACUACGCGCUGCUGUUCCCGGGAGAGGCGCUCGCGCGAGCGGGCACACCCGUGCCGCCGAACAACGUGUGGACGCUCUACCUCCGCUCGAUGCUGCUCAUGCACGCGUGCAUUACGUCGCGUGCGGAUGCGCGGACCAGCGAGGCGGAGCGCGCGCAGUUCGCGAUGCGCGCGUGGCUCGAGAUCGACGCGCUCGAGCUCGCGCUGGACCAGCACUCGUGCGGGCUCGAGCGCUACUUUGGAUUCCAGGCGCGCGAGAUGCUCUUCGGAUCGCGGAUGUGCGUUUCACAUGAGUUCCAGCGGUAUAUUCCGCAAGUUACGACAAAUGGCAGCAAGCUGUUCUACCGGGACAAGGCUGAACGUUGGCUGCUUCACCGAUUGGAGGCUGCCGAGCGCGUCUGGUCCAGCCUCAUAGAGGGCCACCCCACGCCCGCGAUGGACUACCGCAAGCCGCUGCUCAUCUAUUGGUUCAUGUCGCACAUCAUCAAGGCGCUCAUACUGUGGAGAACAGACCACACGCUCAUUAUCGCGCUUGAGGCGUCGAAGAGCUUCGCAAGGCGCACGGAGUACCUCAUGAUGUUCUGGCCCAACCCAGACCAACGGCGCGAGUGGCAGACUCUGCGCUAUCACCUUGUCCGCGCCUGCCUGAAGUCCGGCGUGCCGCCUCCAGAGAUGUCCGUCCCCGUGCCCUUCCCGCGCCAGGGCUUCGUGAACCCUCCUCCCGCUAAGAGUGCCUGUUGUUGAUUCUACCCCUACCUCUACGUUACGUUACGCUGCGAUAUAGAGCGCUUCUGUUAACUUCUGGUUCCUCGUCUCGUUCGAGUCAUCUUUGCUCUGCUCUCCCGAUUGGCCCGCUUGAAUAAUGUACGUACUGAAGCUGCAGCGACCGUUGACUGGUCAUCUUGUAUGUACCAUCUACCCCAGCCUGCUAUCGCUUGUUAUUGUCUUACUGCUACUAUCCGCUUCGCGUAUUCUUUCUACUCAACGCCUGACGCCUUC